AUGAAUACAAAACAAACAUGUUCGUGCUCGACGUGCACUUGCACAAAUGGUUCAUUUCGUUAUCGUUUCAAUUAUGAUGAUGAUUGCUUAACCUAUGCUUUAAUCAUCAUUUAUGAAAGUUCUUUAUGGUGUGUGCAAAUCAUCUAUGACUUAUUUUUUAAGUCAUUUUGGCAAAUUCUAAUCUAUGUCAAACGAGAAUUACAAGAAAGAAAAAGCGAUAAUCACAUGAGUAAUUGUUAUGGAAUGAAAUCUUUCAACACGUCUAGGAGCAAUAAUUAUCCAUUGACUGGUGAGAAACGAGUGAAUCAUACAUUACGCAUUCAUGACUCGUCGUCACUUGAUAUCUAUCAUCGUUCGAUCUCUUCAUUGCAAGAAACAAAUGAUAAUAGACAGAUUGUGCUAACCCCUGUUCGGUCAACAUAUUGUCAAACUGAGAUGAAACUUCAGACAGUCAAUACCACUAAUGCAAUGCAUCGUCCAUUAACCCAACCGUUAAUAUUUAUGAAUCAAUCAUCAGAACAGCGAGUUCCUCAACAAGUGUUAAAUAUUUCAAAACCGUGUGCAGGUAAUCAAGUAAAACUUGAAUCAAGUUCACCUACAUCGAAUACCAUUGAUCGAUCGACUUCAACAUCUCCUCGCCUAACAAUUCGAUCUCAUCGGAAACCGAAACAGAGAAAACGAUUCGCCGAUAAGCAUUCAUUACCAUUGGCACUGGCAACAAGUCUUCAUUCUAAUGUUUCGUCAUACAAUAACAAAUACUGCUAUCAAUGA